AUGGGGAUGGGCAUUUCAAAGCUAAAUGCAGCUGAAGAAGGAAAAGGGGCACCUGCAAAAUUCCUCCCUUCAUUUGUUGGCCGAAUUGAGGAGUUCAGAAAAUAUAAGAAUACAGAAAACACCCUCUCCAAGAAGAAGCUAUUAAAGUAUGCUGAUCGAGAGGAUGUAAAGUCUCGAUCUUCUCAAUCGGAGGAUAAUGUUUCUUCUUCAAAAGAGAUUCAAACAUCUAAAGAGGAAACGGGGGCACGAGUAAUAGCUGCAGAAAGACUUUCCAGAGUGGUUCCAAUGCCCAAUUCUGAAGGUAAAAUUAUGGCGGAGAAUCACCCCAAUAAAGAUAACGUGGAGCAGGUUAAGAGAAACAUGGAUCCCAGCCAAGGUAAAUUGAAUCAUGUUGUUGAGAUGGUUCAGGCAGAGGUCAAAACAGGGGAGGAAAAGAGUGCAAGGCUAGCGGAAGAAGAACCCAAGAAAGAAAAAAUGCAAAGUGAAAAAGGUGAUGAGCAUGAUGAUGAUAAAGAUGAAAGUGAAGAAGUUGGAAGGUUUAUAUGUCCUGGAUCACCUAGUUUCAAAAUUUAUUGCUUUGAUCCCGAGAAAAUAAACGAAGGUAAUCGUCCACCCAUUAUCACACACCAUAAAGCACGCAGUGCAAGCACUGUUGAAACAGCUGCAUCAAAAUUUUCUAACGAGAGCCCCUAUGUUGGCCUACUUAAGUUUUUAGUUCCUUCUGAAUUCCCAUCUUCUGAUUCCAUCAAUCAGAUGUAA